GCAUCACCGAAAUACUACAAAAUGUAUCGCGUCCAACCAUCUUUUCAGGUUUCAACCAUUUCCUCGUAUGCAAAAUGAAUGGAUCGCACCCGGUUCUUAUAUACGCCGAACUCCUGUCGCGUAUACAAGGGGUAUCUGUGGGAUGCGAGCUGUAUACACCAAGCUCACCUGAUACCAGAGCCACCGUCUCAUCUGAUGGUUGGUUCUUCACAAUUCACCACGAUGGCAUACAGACUUGCAUACGUCUCCCUGGACAGGUUGUCUCAGUUAAGCAACUACCAAUACAGAGUAUUGGCAAGAAACAUCUUUCCUGUCGAUUACCUCUUGCCUCAAGUCUAGAGCGUCAUGCCUUUUCCACACCGGGAGAACAAACAGUCCCGUGGUCCGCGACUGAUCUUCAACCAGAAUCACGCAUUACGUGUCGAAGAUGCCACGCUACCAUUGUUGAGCCUGGUGUAACCAAAGUAUGGAAAGAUUUGCCUAGCGAGAACUGGGCUGAAAUGAUGGAAUUCUGGCAUUGCCAUAAACCUCAUGAUCACGGACACGAACAUGAUGAUGGUCUUGCUUCUAAAGCAUAUGGCGCGAAUUCUAGGAUAUCUGCCCAAGCAGGUGUCGGGUUUGUGGAUCUCUCUUCCUUUCUACUAUCAGAGACGGAUAUUUCUGCGUCAGUCAUAACAAAAGUUCCAUCCUUAUUAGAGUCACGCAAUGAAUCAGAACACCGUAAUGAGACACCUGAAAAUGGAGAACCACGCAAUUUACAUCCAGAAAACAUAUCCAUUUCCUGUGUAUCCUGUAAGAAUCAGCUAGGGAUCCUGAAUGAACUGGGAGCCGCCGUUACUCUGUUCAAGUGGCAGGUCUACGUGGAUGAGCAGAUCCCGCGAGGCCCUGAUAACUCGCCUAACCUGUUUCACUGGGUCAGCUCUAUUCUCCUCGCGACGAUAGCCCGCUCCGGCUGUUCAAAAUCCAUCUUGUUGCCAAUGAAACUGAAAGACCAGCCAAUGCAGGAUGUUUCUCAAGUAAACGGUACAUCCCAGUCUCUAAUAAACAUCUGGGUAUUCAACAACAUCUCCUUUUCGUCCACAAGGGAGGGAAGGUCACCGAUGAAGGCUAUAAAGGUGUUUUAUCGCAUGGUUAGUCAGGAUGAAGCAGACAAAUUACUCGACUCUAUGAUGUCAGAUGUACAAGACAUUACCCUACCGGCCGAGGCAAUCGAAAAGGUAAAGGAUAUCCUAGACAGUAACAACUUCCUAUUGCCCCAAAGUGAUCGUCAAUUCAAGGAAUGGAAAGUUAGCCUUCUGGAGAAGUGGGAAGGGAAAGACGGGUGAAUACAACUUAGGUAGGGAUUGAGCUAUGUAAGCUACCGUCUAGUUACAUGGCAUGUAUCCCUACACAAGGUAUUCGUCAUGAUCCAAGUCCCAUAGCUACGAUCUCAACAAGCUACAGAGGGCAAUCCAAUGAUUCUACCUGGCAAUGGCACAUUCGUGUAUAGAGAUUAAUUCACGCUUAUCUCAUAGAAGAGACGAAGUCAAGGACACUAAGCGAGAUUCGAAUGAAAGGAGUCUAGAACACAAGGCUGAUUCUUAGGG